AUGUCACAAUAUCAAUAUCCCUUUAAUUAUUCUCCAAUCGCCGAACCCUAUGUGUCCGAACAUCUGGAUUGUUAUAACAUAUCGGAGGAGGACAGAGUUAGAUACUUCAGUUUGACGACCAGAAUUAUUUUUGGAGCUUGGAUGGUGCUGAUAUCAAUAGGAGCUGUGACAGGGAAUUUACUUGUCAUCGUCGUUAUAUUGGUGAAUCGUUACAAAUUAGGAAUAAAAAAAGGAACUGGAACAAAUUACUUUCUUAUGAGUCUCUCUAUUGCCGAUAUGAUGGUAGGACUGUUCGUGGUUCCUCAGGCUUUACAUACCUUUUUACGUGAGUGUUGGGGCUUCGGUUCUCUCAUGUGUUUACUUACGACAUCAUGUAUAUCUGUCAUCGUUUCAACAUCUAUCCAUACAUUGAUGUAUUUGGCGAUAUUUAAAUAUAUAAAUAUCAAACGAUGUGCAAAAACUAUAAACUACAAACCUAUUUCUCGUUGUGUACGGAAUCUUAUGAUAAUACUGCCAUAUAUAUGGGGCUUGAUUCUUGCAGUGUUGGCAACAAAGUUUCUGUCGAGCGCUAAACUCAAACCGAAAACGAUCCAGUGUGGUCCCGAAUACCCUAAUACUGGGGACAGGCGACUUUACAUACUACACGUGGCGAAUCAAUUUCUGAAUAUUGUUCUACCAACAAUAAUUAUAAUUUUCACCUACCUUAAAAUCUAUGGUAUUAUCAAACGAGACGCAUGGUUGAGGGACAAUUCAUUGCGUGCACCAGAAUCAGAAAUACUUAAAACAUUCUUUAUCGUGCUUGUGUGUUUCCUGCUGUGCUGGGCUCCAUAUUUCGUCUAUACGAAUUACGUCAAAAUAAUUCCUAACAAACACGACAUUCCGGUCCAUUUCAACCUCGUGGCGUUUUGUUUCGGCUACAGCAACAGUGCGUGUAAUCCAAUUAUAUACGCUUGGCGUUUCCCAGAGUUCCGAGUUGGUUACCAGCAUAUUCUCCGCAGUCGUAGAAGGAGAAGCUCCGCGGCAAUCAGCUUGUCACAGUCAGUUAUCCGACCAAGUUCAUAG